GUGGGAAAUACUAUUACUGUAUCCCCAUAACUGUGUUUAAUUCCUUGAGCACUUUCCACUUCUUUCCAUCUCAAACCUUUUCAUAACAAAAGAUGAGAACAGCAACAAUCAAUGUCCAAACAGCAUCAUUCUUGAACUCAUCACCCACAUAGAAGAAUCUCAUUAAACCACCUUCCAUCUUAUUACAAAACACAACUAGUCAUAGUAUUAAACAUGGGUCAUAUAAAUCACCACCUUCAAUCCUCCACAGCUAAUGAUGGAGGAAGCAUCUCUCAAAGACUCAACAGUCCUAGAUUCUCGGGCCCAAUGACUCGCAGAGCUCAGUCUUUUAAACGAACAAACAACAACACUGGUGCUCAGAACAAUAGUUUUAGUACCACUAUUGACUUGCCAGUCAACUCACCCAGAUCUGAGCUUAGUGGUAGCUCAGGUUCUGCUGAUGGGUUUGACUCAAAUGGUGAAAAGAAACAGGCCCAUGUUCAAUUUUUGAGCCAGAGAGGGCAGAGCAAGAAGCAUUCGAAGAAGCUUGGGCAAUGGAUGUUCUUUGCUUUUUGUGGGGUGUUAUUGUUUUUGGGUGUUUUCAAGAUUUGUGCUAUUGGUUGGUUUGGAUCUGAUGUUGAUAGAGUGGGGUCUGAUCAGGAUUCAUUUUACUCCAUGGACACUGGUAUAAAUAGAAUGGACAAACAGUCUCAUGAAUACAGUUUUAAGGAGCAUGAACAUAAACAUGAACAUGAUCAUGAAGCUGAAAGUGAAGGAUCUGAUGUUGAAAGAACUCUAAAAACGGUGGGAUCAGCUUUCGUUGGUACGACAGAUAACAUGGCUGAUCAUUCAGGUAUCUGGUCCAAACCUAAUAGUGACAACUUCACUCAGUGUAUUGAGCGGCCUAAAAGUCAUCAACAGCUAGGCGCAAGUACCAACGGAUUUCUUCUCAUAAAUGCAAAUGGUGGCUUGAAUCAAAUGAGAUUUGGGAUAUGUGAUAUGGUUGCUGUUGCUAAGAUAAUGAAGGCAACACUUGUCCUUCCAUCUCUCGAUCACACCUCGUACUGGGCUGAUCAAAGUGGCUUUAAAGAUCUGUUUGACUGGCAGUACUUCAUCGAGACUCUGAAAGAUGAUAUUCAUAUAGUUGAGACAUUACCACCUGCAUAUGCUGGAUUAGAACCUUUCUCAAAGACACCAAUAUCCUGGUCAAAGGCUAGUUAUUAUAAGUCGGAAGUCAUGCCGCUUCUGAAGCAACACAAAGUGAUAUACUUCACCCACACUGAUUCGCGAAUUGCAAAUAAUGCUCUACCUAACUCAAUACAGAAGUUAAGAUGCCGUGUGAAUUAUAGAGCAUUAAAAUAUUCGGCUCCAAUCGAAGAUCUUGGAAAAAUUUUGGUUUCAAGAAUGCGGCUGAAUGGAAGCCCUUAUCUUGCUUUGCAUCUAAGGUAUGAGAAGGAUAUGCUUGCAUUCACAGGAUGCAGUCACAGUUUGACGGCAGAAGAAGAUGAUGAACUUCGUAAGAUGCGCUAUGAGGUCAGUCACUGGAAAGAAAAGGAAAUUGAUGGCUCUGAGAGAAGGAAGCUUGGAGGCUGCCCCUUAACCCCGAGAGAGACAUCUCUUCUACUUAAAGGAUUAGGCUUCCCGUCGAGCACUAGGAUUUAUUUGGUAGCUGGUGAAGCUUUUGGAAAUGGAAGCAUGCAACAUCUUGUGGAAGAUUACCCAAACAUCUUCUCGCAUUCAACUCUUUCUACAGAAGAUGAACUGAGACCUUUCAGGAAUCACCAGAACAUGCUGGCUGGGUUGGACUACGCUGUUGCCCUUCAGAGCGAUGUUUUCGUUUACACCUAUGAUGGUAAUAUGGCAAAGGCAGUUCAAGGACAUAGGAGGUUUGAGGACUUUAAAAAGACUAUUAAUCCAGACAGAAUGAAUUUCGUCAAAAUUGUUGACGACUUUGAUCAAGGAAAGAUUUCUUGGAAAAAGUUCUCUUCCAAAGUAAAGAAGCUUCAUGAGGAUCGUACAGGAGCACCUUAUAUGAGAGAACCUGGUGAAUUUCCUAAGCUUGAAGAGAGCUUUUAUGCAAACCCCAUGCCUGGAUGCCUUUGUGAGAAAAACAGAUGAAAAAUAUAGUGUAAACCUCUACCAACCUAAAUCUUACUAGACUGACAUUAAAAGGUUUAACAGUAUGGCGCGAGGAUUCAAAGUUCUCAUGGAGUGCUGAGCUUAAAGUUUAAGACGAAUCUUGCUAGACUGACGUUAAUAGAGCUUAAAUUUACUGAAGUUGGAGAACUGGCAUGGACUGAGGAAAUGCUGAGGCCAUUUCUGAAAAAAUCCAUAUCCUCUAUUAUCAGGAAUGCUCAUCUGCAUCAUCUUCGAUCCUGUGUUUCUUACUCAGUUGAAACUUGAAAUACUGAUUAUACAAAUGAAAUUAUACGUGUAUAAGCAUUCUCUAAAAAGUGAUCAAUGCAAAGAGAUAAUUCUUGUUCCUUUA